CCCCCCCUCCUGCUCCCUCCUCCCCUUGCAGGCAGACGCCGGGAUUGCGCCGCCGCCCGCAGGGAGCUGCCCAGUCCUCCGGGCGCGGCGGGGAGCGCGGUCGGGACACGGGGCCGCUGCGGGCGCGGGCAGGAUGGUGCGCGCUCGGGCGGCCCUCGGAGCCGGCGCGCUCUGGGCCGCGGCCUGGGGCCUCCUGCUGUUCUCGGCGCCCUCGGGGGCGCAGCGCGGCCGCAAGAAGGUGGUACAUGUGCUUGAGGGGGAGUCAGGCUCCGUGGUGGUGCAGACCGCGCCCGGGCAGGUGGUCAGCCACCGAGGUGGCACCAUCGUCUUGCCCUGUCGCUACCACUACGAAGCGGCCGCCCACGGCCACGACGGCGUCCGCCUCAAGUGGACGAAAGUGGUAGACCCGCUGGCCUUCACCGACGUCUUCGUGGCACUGGGGCCCCAGCACCGGGCAUUUGGCAGCUACCGCGGGCGGGCUGAGCUGCAGGACGAUGGACCCGGGGACGCCUCACUGGUUCUGCGAAACGUCACUCUGCAGGACUACGGACGCUAUGAGUGUGAGGUUACCAAUGAGCUGGAAGAUGACGCUGGCAUGGUCAAGCUGGACCUGGAAGGUGUGGUCUUCCCCUACCACCCACGAGGAGGCCGCUACAAACUGACUUUCCUGGAAGCGCAGCGCGCAUGCGCGGAGCAGGACGGCAUUCUGGCUUCUGCAGAGCAGCUGCAUGCGGCCUGGCGCGAUGGCUUAGACUGGUGCAACGCGGGCUGGCUGCGCGACGGCUCGGUGCAAUACCCAGUGAGCCGACCACGGGAGCCCUGCGGCGGCCUGGGCGGGCCCGGAGGCGCGGGUCCUGAAGGCGGUGGCGCGCACGGAGGCGUGCGCAACUACGGCUACCGCCACAAUGCCGGGGAGCGCUACGACGCCUUCUGCUUCACUUCCAACCUGCCUGGGCGCGUGUUCUUCUUGAAGCCUCUGAGGCCGGUGCCCUUUGCGGGGGCGGCGCGCGCGUGCGCGGCUCGCGGCGCGGCCGUGGCCAAGGUGGGCCAGCUGUUCGCCGCCUGGAAGCUGCAGCUGCUGGACCGCUGCACGGCGGGCUGGCUGGCGGACGGCAGCGCGCGCUACCCCAUCGUGAACCCACGUGCGCGCUGCGGAGGUCUCCGGCCCGGCGUGCGCAGCCUCGGCUUCCCCGACGCGUCGCGGCGCCUCUUCGGUGUCUACUGCUACCGUGCACCCGGCGCGCCCGACCCCGCGCCCGGAGGCUGGGGCUGGGGCUGGGCGGGCGGCGGAGGCUGGGCUGGGGGCGCGCGCGACCCGGGGGCCUGGACCCCGCUGCGAGUCUAGGAGCCCAGGAGGUGGGGCGACCCUGAAGACUGGACACGCCCCCGAGGCGCGCUGGACACGCCCCUUGCGGUGCCCUGAGGCAGGCCAGACCCUUGGCGCUCUUGGACGCUGGACACGCCCCUGAGGGCUUCCGGAGACUGGCCACAGUCCCGUGGGCUCUUAGGAAGUAACUGCACCCACGGGUCCAUUGGCCCUCUCUGCAUACCGGGUCAGCCCAUCUCUUCUGGACAGUGGAUUCACCCUCUCCCUGAUUUCUCCAGAAGGGCCACCUCCCUGAGGGGCGCAGGAGGCCUGUGCUCCCCAGCUUCCUGAAAGCAGACCAUGCCUCUGUGGCCUGCUGGAAACAGACUGACUGCUACCUCAGUCGCCUGGAGGCUGGACCCCCGAGAUUAUCUGGCGACUGGCCACACACCUUCUGCAUUUCUCUGGACAUGAAACCUGACCGUUUGGUCAGCUGCACACCUAGUCCCCUCACAUUACCUGAAGAGAAAAGGGAAACCUCAGAGUUUCCAGAUGACGCCCUC